UGGGAUAUGAAGUGAGUGGGUGGAAGGCCAUUCGUCACCACCCGAGCGCUUCAACAAUUGCAUUCGACAAACAGCGCCCUAUUUGUGUCUUUGCCUUUUGCGUUUGUUGCAUGGUUUCUCGAUGGACUGAUUGAACAGUGCCUGGUCACCGGCACUGGUUGGGAUGGGUGCAUUGCUUGGUUCCUCCGCCAACCAGGUUUUCGAUCGUUUUUAUGUCUUAUGUUGCUUCCCGUUGGAGGGUUUCCCAGCGGAUGGGUAGCCUACUCGCAAGGGGUGUGUUAUCUGGGUUGUUCAUGGAGCAGCGUUGGGACUGCGCGCUUCGCUUUUCUCACUUUCUCUACGGAUCAAGCGAGGGAUGGUCAGCGUUACGGUGCUUUUUGGUCAUCUUAUGGUAUGGUAUGUGUGUGUGUGUGUGUGUGUGCGUGUGCGAUUGUUUCCGACCGGUUAUAUUUAACGACCAUGAAGUCACGAAUUUCCUUGAUGAGAACAUUUUUCCUAUUAUAUUGUUGUGGCUUUUCUCCAUUCCUGCAUCUUAGAACCGUUGGUCCUAGGUUUUUGUGUUUCUGUUCUGACUGUAUGGGCAUUUAAAAAUUCCAUGGGCUAUUCAAGAACGAUUGAAGACA